AUGGCUAACGCGUGUAGGAAAGAAAUUGACGACGUUGUGUACGAGGUUGACGCCAAAGUUAUUACUGUGCAGGACGGUGAGGUCGACAUUGGUGGCAACCCCUCCGCUGAGGAGCAAGCUGAGGCUCUUGAAAACGGUGCUGAGCAGGCCAUCGACCUUGUCCACACCUUCCGCCUGCAGCCCACGUCGUUCGACAAAAAGUCGUAUCUCACGUACCUCAAGGGCUACAUGAAGACGAUUAAGCAGGAGCUCCAGGAGAACAACCCCGACCGUGUGCCCAUCUUCGAGAAGAAGGCCGCCGAGUUCGCCAAAAAAGUCGUCGCCAGCUUCAAGGACUGGGAGUUCUACACCGGUGAGUCGAUGAACCCCGACAGUAUGGUUGCCCUCCUUAACUACCGCGAGGACGGUGUGACCCCGUACUUUGUCUUCUGGAAGGACGGUCUCAAAGAGAUGAAGAUUUAA